AUGCAGGCGUCAUCAUCCGGGUACUUUGACCCGUCGGCACACUACGAGGAUCCCCCUCAUGCUGGGUCGGGGGUCUUCCAGCCCUCAGUCCUCGGCCCUCCUGGCCCUCCACGCCCUCCUUACCUCGGACCGCCAAGUAUGGCUUCCCUCCCACUCGCAUCCCCUGCCGAAAUAGAUACCCCUCGCCUCGCUCCAUCCGGCAUACCUCCCUCCCCUCCUGACAACAUGCCUCCACACCUCCAGCACGGCAACGACGAACGCAUGUAUCAGGCCCAACUCCAGCAGGACCAGCUCAUGCUGGCAAUCCAGCAACAGAAUGGCGGACCACUCGUCGGCCGGCCGGCUCUCUCGCUCCAUAUGGACGUCCGUCAGCGCGCCACACCUGCGGCGGGGGAGCAGAUCCACUGCCUCCCCAAGGACGUCGUAGACCGGUUCUGCGACAUCUAUAGCGAGUAUGACCCGGAGCUGGGCAAGCAGGCGAAGCGCUUCAAGUGCCUCAUUGCGGAUUGCGAGCGCGUUUUUCCUCGCAAGAGCGCUAUUUCAAGUCAUAUCCAGACCCACCUGGAUGAUCGCCCGUUCAAGUGCCCGGCGGAAAACUGCACCAAAUCCUUUGUCCGCCACCAUGACUUCAACCGGCACAUGGAGAUGCACAUACCGAAGAGAAAACACUCAUGUAAUUGUGGCAAGGACUUUGCCCGCGCCGACGCACUCGCACGACACCGCCGGCGAGAGCUCUUCCCCUCCUGCGCGAUCGACGUCGAGCAAAACGACCUCCCCUUCCCCGCUGCUGGCGAGCAGGCUCCACACUCGGGUGGUCCGGAACGUGCGGUCAGGUCGCAGCCCGCUCGACACCGCUCGGGACCAUACACAUCAAGGUAG